AUGAUGCUGUCUGCUGCUUCUCUUGUGACAGUUUUGGUUGCGCUGACUUCAAGCGCUUCCGCCACUGUCUUCACUGGAACUCGAACUGCCACUGAUGGAUCUAAGUCCAACGUCGCCUGGACCAAUGGCACUCCCGACAUCUGUUCGGGAUACGGCACUAUCCAGCAAGGAACCGGCAACCCCUGCGGUAUCAACUUUUGGGUCGACGGCGGCAACGGGCCAUUCACCCUUUCUGGCUGCGGCGGCAACGGACUUACCCUGUUCCGCAAUGGCCAGUUCAACUCAAACUGCAAGUCGGAGAAGAGGACUAUCAACUGCUCUGGUGGGGUUAAGAUUGCCCAGAACUGGGCGUGCUACUAG